ACCGGUGCGAAAUCUUUCCAGAGAAUCUUGAUCACAUCUGCCGUGUGAUACAAACCUGAGCUUUAUAUCGUUGUGUUUCCCGCCUGCUAUUACUAACUUACGAUCAUUGUAUAGAGUGUAUUUUAGUAUUAUUUUAAUCGUGGUAUAUUUUACCAGAGAACAUCAUAGUACUAUGAUUAGGUUUGUUGUAGAAGUUAGUCUGUGUAUCACACUGAGUUCCAUACUUGUAACGAGUAGAGCGUCACCCCUACAGCAAGGCAGGGUGACUCCAGAAAAAUCGUUUGAAGGGUUUUUGGAUGAACCAGCGUCAGACGAUAGUGUAUACCUAAAUAACAGACUGAGAGACUAUGGGUGGGGACAACAAGGAGUUCUUAUGACAGAUUUGAAGAGAGAUCAACAACAUGGUGAAAAGAGGGACGAAGAAGAAGACAAAAGAAGCCAUAGGAUAGCCCAUAGUUUUCAGGGAAUGCUUGGAAAACGAUUUUUUGAUCAGCAAAGACCUUUACAAGAAGAAAAGCCAAAGUGUGCGAUGGAAGUCGUUUUAAGUUUUCUUUUGGGUGCUGACAAGACGAUAAAUGACCCAGAAGUCAAACAUGUAUUGACAAGAUGCAAGCAAAACGCCAGCAAUAGACUAUUCGAUAACUGAAAAACUGACUCAAAUUAUAGACUGAUAGUUACUUUAGAUUUUGUUGGCAUUAUGGAUCGAUUGGUUGAUUGACAGACACCAACGAAAACACGUUACGUCCAAUGAGCACCGACCAUCCAGUGUCGUCUUCAAUACACAGAAUAAUAAAAAUGUCCAAAUUAAUGUAAUAAACACCUGCAAUCACUUAAGUCUUUUAUUGUAUCUUUAUAGACUGGUUAUCAUUUUUUUCUGCAAAAGUUAAAAAAAAAAA